AGGAUGGAAUGAAAACGGAGCAAUGUAGUAUCAUUGAAUCAACAUUUCACAAACGCCGACGUGUAUUUUUAAUUUUUAGUCGUAAUACCUUAAAGAUAAAUUGUACAGUUUCAAGUUCCAAUAAAUAACUCGUUUCUCUGAGUAGUUCGCUAUCGUAUACUCGGAUUCUCUUGGAAGGGAACUCGUAUGAACCGCACGUGUAACGUACUGCGGUAUCACAGUCGACUGUUGCAACGCUCACGCUUUUGCCAAAAUCGUCACGCGUUACUCAGAAUACGCAGAAAUGCCGUAUUUGCAUUUCACACCGAUGACAUACGAGCGAGCACGUUUGUACGUAAUUAACUCUUCGCGCUGCUUCCCCUCGGAAUAUCUCGGCGAGAACGUCUGCGUUUGAGCAGCGUUAAUUGCAGCCAUCUAUCUGUGUGUCGUGUAAACACAAAGAUGGGUCGGCGUACGUAAAUACACGUCCUGCGAUUGCAUUUAGCACCGAAUCUGCGAUAUCCGAAUACGAAACUCUAUCGCGUCUCGAUCAGUGCUCGCAAUUAAUUAAUCUCAAUAAACUAGUAUUGAUAACUGGUCCACGCGGCAUACGAGGGGGAUGAAAUCACGGCGAGCGCGACGAUGUGUCGGCCGUCGACUCGCGUCGUCCCGAAUCAAGAUCGACCACCGUGCCGAUAAUUGAAGGAGUCGAGGGGGGGAGGGGGGUAGUAUGCAGAGGUGGAGAAGAGGACAAAGCGAGUUGGCAACCCCCGCGAGGAGGGGUUUGCGCCUGCGUCCCUCGCUUCGUCGCGAAGGGUGAAACUUACAUGCGACGAAGGGGGCGGACGCGAGAGGGAUAGAGAGAGAGAGACGGAGAAAAGGAGAGAAACGGGAAGGUUCAUUGGAGCGAGAGAACGAUAUCUGUCGGGCGGGCGGCGAGAGAGAGAGGGAGGAAACGCGAGAGGGACAUUGAACGCCGACACCGUGGCCUCGCAGUCUCCUCUCGUUCGCGCCGCACGAAAACGCAUCGCCGCGCGCUUCCUUUUGCAUUUCUCCCGUGAGUCAGCACGGUCCGACCCUCCGUGCUCUCUCGUCGACGAGCGCGCAUUCCUGAGUGCCGCGCACCCGGUGACCAGCGUUCGGCGAGGUGCUCCUUGAGGCGGCGGCUCGCGCGAAGGACACCGUAGGAGUAGAGGAGAAGGGAAGAUCUCCGUCCUGCGGCAGGAGGAGAGCCGUCUGCGAUUCGCCGCCGUUCGAGAGAACAUACGGAGGAACCGACAUGCGGCUCAGGGAAUCCGUCGUCUCGGUGCCGCUGCAUCCCGGUGGACUGAACAACAACCAGCUCCGCAGGCACGGACCGAGCAUCGCUGGCGAGACCGGCGAUCGCAACGAGAACGCGUCGAGCCCGAGGUCGGUCGCGCCGGAGCCGGACUCGGCGGACUUCCGGCUGGCCGAGGACACCACCACGUGGUCUUCAUUGGCGAUCGCGCGCGACAACGUGCAGCAGAGCAACCCGUCGCAGCAGCCGCCGAUCAACAUCAACAAUAAUCUCACCGAGCCGAAGAUACAGAGGAACAACUCCGUCGAGAGCCUCGCCGAUUACGAGGGCACGACCGACGACCGAUCCGCCAACGUAAACAACAAUCUGACCGAGCCCAGGAUACGAAGGAACAGCUCCGUCGAGAGCCUCGCCGACUACGAAGGACGCAACUCGCCGCAAGAGAACUCGUCGCACGAGCUAACGCCGUCCGAGUGGUCGGACUGGUCCGAGGAAGGGAAUCUACCGGCAGGCUGCCGCGGCAUCGUCAACCCCAACUACCCCGGCUUCCAGCACCUGGCGCCUUCCCUGCUCUCGGACACCGACCUGACCGAAGACGAGCACGACAGCUGCUCCGAUUAUCCGCCGCCACCGCCACUCUACCCUGGCGUCCACCAGGAGCAGCCGCCGUUGGAGAACGAGUACAACAACAACGUCGACGACAGCAUCAAUCACCUCUGCGGCCAACGGAACGACCGCAAGGUCUUCUACGAGAAGCCGAAGUUCAACAUCCAGACUGUGACUUCUCUGUACGAGUCGGUGGUGCCGCCUUCGGAAAAGUGCAUCAACUACGUAAAGAGCGUGGAGGUCUCCAGGUCCGAGGAGAAGUCGCUCUCGCCGGAGCCGGAGGUCGUCGUGAACGGCGUCGUCGAGGCGGAGACCCACUUGACGGUCUUGGAGCCGGAAGAGGCCUUGGCCGAUCAGGUGGACCAGCAGCCGCCCGAACUGUCGCAGGCGACCCUCGAGGAUAAACGGGAGCGCGAAAUACCCGUCGAGGUCGAGCUGGUGGAGCUGACCACCAGCGUGAACGAGAGCCUGCAGUUUCCCGAAAUCGAGGAGAUCCUGGACUCCAGCAAGACCAGCGAAAUCGGCGAGACGGAGGACGUCGCGGUGGAGCACAUCGACCUGAUACGCGAGGCAAAGGAGUUGCCUCACCCAGCCCGGUCCAAAAUAGGCAACCGCCAGCCGGUGACGUCGGGCGGUUCUGCCGACGACGACGAGUCGGAGAGCAACAGCGACUACUCCGAAGGCUUCGCCGAGGAGCGGCCGACGUACACGAAACUGGAGGAGAUCGACCUGCUGUCGAGCAUCGGCCGGGAUAUCGGCGUUGACCUCGAGAAGUACGCUCAGCCGGUGCCGGACGUGGUCGCGAUGGAGUCGAUCGAGAGCAUACGAUCCGCUCAGCCGCGACCCACCACGGUCAUCAAGGACCACGUGGAGGACACGAAUAAGCUGUUGGACCGUGAGCUGCCGGAAGCGUCCAGCGCGGACGUCCGGAAAAAGGAAAAGAUGGCCAGGAACCAGGCCAAGCGCCGUCAACAGCAGCAACAGCAACAGCAGCAGCAGCAGCAUUCACGACUCUCCAAUUCCCACAGACGUUCCGAUAAGCGCAGAGCUGACGUCGAAAACGGACCAGGCGGCUUCGACGUUUACAACAUCGAGACGGCGAUGCCAAAGAUCGACCUGGACGCCAUCGAGUCACACCUCAGAGCUGCUCGCGAAGAGGAGCGUCGGCGACGGAACGACCGGGAGGAAAUUAGGAGGAGACUCGCAAUGGGUCCCGAUGCCGAGGACCUGCGCGCCGAGCGUGGACGAAAGCCAAGUCUUCAGUCGCGUCUUCAAAGUGGAAUGAACCUGCAGAUUUGCUUCAUGAACGAGACCUUAUCGGACACUGAGUCCCCGGGUUCGGACGACGCGUCUCCCGGCUCUACGCCCACAUCCCUCGGCUCGAAGCAGCUCGGAAAGCAGCAGGCGCCAUCAAGGCCGCAGGUGUUGAGUUUGCCGUCCUUGAGACUCGACACAGGCCCGAAUUCCACGCCGGUCGAUGAGGCGGACUUCUUCGCGCGGCAGGCCAGAUUGCAGACCGAAGCGCGAAUGGCCCUGGCGCAGGCCAAGGAGAUGGCGCACAUGCAGAUGGAAGUGGAAAGGCAGAGGCUGAAGCAGAGCCCCAUCACUGAGAUGGUACGAUGCAGCUUGGAGAAGGUCGGUGUUCAGCUGGGCGAAGACAGACGCAGGUUGUCCCGAGUGCUCCUCACGGAGCUGAACGUCGCGCAGCUGCAAGUAGUGGCGAACGAUUUGCACGCAAGGAUCGCCGCGUUAAACGAAGCGCUCGUUGAAGGCCUCCUGAGGAGGGACGAUCUGCACAUGGAGCAAGAUUCGAUGCUCGUCGACGUUGAAGAUCUCACUCGAUACCUCGGUGCCAAGCAAGAGUCGUUCAAGAAGAAGCAGAGUAUGCAGCAGCCGACAAAUCGGAACCAUCAGCAGUCCUCAGCAGCUCCGACGAAGUUGUCGAUGAAACCGAAGCUGACGCACCUGAAUCGCGGUCUGGUCGCUCUUGUGAGAAAAUAAUCCUUCGCCACGAGACUGCGCAGUCUCGUCGGAAACUGAACUCCGAGCGGAGCACCACGAAUGACUGGAGACGCCAGAAUGCAAGAGAAGAAGAAGAAGAAGGAGGAGAAGAAGAAAAAGGAGGAACCGGAAAAGGCGAAGAAACUUUCUUCGAAAGAGACGAGAAGAAAGAUUCUUCGUUGAGGACGGAGAAAAAGGAUGAAAGAUCUUUUUCUUUUAAGGACGACGACAGCGGCUAAGCCCUCGGAGAGAGGAAAUCGUCGAGGACAGAGGAACGAUCGCGUGUGAAACCGCGGUGUGCAUGCUCGAGAACUCCUACAAAAAAAAGACGUUGCGACGAUCAGCUUCGUUAAACAGGUGGAAUCGUGCUCCACCUUUAGUUACGGGGAGGAGAGCGAACGGAAGAUCUCUCCCCCUCCCCGGGAUUUCCAAGAGUUUUUACAGCUUCGUCGUUGACCACCGUGGAAGUAGAGAUUCGCGUAUCGCGUUUAAAAACCGAGCAAGCAACGACCCUUCGUUUUCGUAUCCCUCUCUCUAUCUCUCCUCGUCUGUACUACUCGGCCCCGUAAGCUCAGAUUAUGUCCCCGCGACAUGCAUGCAUGUGUCUACGAAUGUAUCGAUUAUCGCCUUUAAAAAGUAAUAGCGUAUCCUAGCGAGAGCGGAUAUCCUUUCUCUCUGUUGUACAUAUAACGAAGAUUUAUAUCAGAUUAUUACAUAUAUAUAUAUAUAUUGCCGUAUCUCGAGAUUCCAUGGUGUUUGGAAGCGCUUCGUUUUCCGGUCGUACCACCAGUGUAAGUGACUCGCGUGUGCGUGCGUCGAUGUAAACAAUGUUGAUAUCCCGUAAACACGAGAGGUUGCAGUUUAAUCCGCGCAUAAGCGAAGAGGAGGGGAUUUUUGUUCAAUCCAAUCGAUCUCCAUCCAUAGAUAACUCGUGGGUCCGCAGAUGGAUCCGGAUGCGCGGAUCGAUCCUCGCUUCGGUAGGGCUCUAGAUCCGUCAGAUAGAAGAAGCCGUCUCUCCCUCCCGGAGUUCCGGCGAAUGCGCCGCUUAGAGACGUCGAUCAUCGAUUAUGGCACGCUUCAGAUUCGGCCGAGAGACGGCAAGACGUUUCUUGUCCGCGCGAGCGACGCCGAUACCGCAUUACACCGUUCCCGUGGAACAACGCAACGCCCGUCGAGGGAAAGUGGAAAGAGCCGAGCGGCGGAGGAGUGCAACGACCGUGGAGAACGAAGAACGCGUCACAUAUCCAAAUAAGCGGUUUAGUGCAAAUGCAAAAAGCGAUUAGUCCAUAUGUAGCGAACUGUGAGAACGUAAUCGAAUACCCGAAUACUACCCCGAGCGGCCGCCCGGAUUCACGGAGUUUCCUCGUUACAGUAUAGAAGGAGAAAAGAAAGGGGAAAACCUCCCUAAAAAGAGAGAGGAAAAAAAACGGAGGAGGAAGAAAACUCGACCCGGAACUCGAAAUCAAAAUUACUCGUCGGUAUAUGGAUUACUCGGUUCUUGCAUCAUCGCGGUUGUUUUUCUGCAUGUCGGUCUCACACGAUCUCAUUCACACACACAAGAUUUCAAUUGUAGCAGAAAUAAAAAAUCUCAAGGUCUAAGAGUUGUA